CUUCUCCCUCUUUUUUUUCUAACCUACCUACACUACCUAUACCUGAGUCAGGCGCGCAAAACCAAAACCGCAGCGCAUGAUGGACGUCGCAUCGCAUCUAAACGAUUACUCCAUGGACCACACCAAAGAUGAUGCCGCAUCAAGACAGCCGCAGACGACAUCUUUCAUAACAAACGACCACAGCGACAACAACAACGACACAACCGGCGAUAUGGAGGUCGAUUCCGCAGCCACAGCAGCCGCGUCAGCACCGUCAGCAUCGCACGAGACAGACUCUCACAGCGAACACGACAGCGAAUGCGACAGCGAAGCCGAGACUCGGCCAGAAACAGUCGCCAUCACCGUGUCGCAUCGAGGCCACAAGUUUCCCUUCGAACUCGACGCCGACCUCACCGUCACCGACCUGUUUCGCGAAAUCGAAAACGUGCUCGAGAUUCCGUUUGAAAACAUCAAGGUCAUGGUGCCCAAGGGCCCGUUCCUCAAGCACCCCUUCAAGGACCCCGAUUACUCGGUCAGGAACCUCGCCGACAAGACCGUCACCGUCAUGGGCUCGACCAACGCCGACGUUCAAGCCGUUCAGUCCAUGUGCCAGAAGCUCAACAACAUCAAGGCGGCGCGCGAGGCGCAGCGAUCCAAGGCGAAGAGCAAGGCGCCAGCACGGCGUCGCGGGGUGCAGUCCGUCGAAGAUUCCAAAUACACGUUUCUACAAGUGCGGCCGCUCAGCGGGCUGCCUCAUCCCGAGCGCAGCCUCAAGCUGCUGAUGCGACUCAAGGAGGAUCCAGGCAUCAGGGCGGCCAUGCGCAAGCACAAGUUUACCGUUGCGCUUCUCACGGAAAUGGAGCCGCUGGCGCACACGCAGUCGACGCAUGAAGGGACGACGCGCACCCUGGGCCUCAACCGUAACCAGGGCGAGGUGAUUGAGCUGCGACUGCGGACCGAUGCACACGACGGCUAUCGCGACUACAAGACGAUCCGCAAGACGCUGUGCCACGAGCUUACGCACAACGUCCACGGACCGCACGACAGGCAGUUCUGGGAUCUGUGCCACCAGAUUGAGCGCGAGGUGGACGCUGCGGACUGGAAGUCUAGCGGGCACACGCUCGGCGAGACGUCGCGGUAUCACAUUUCGGGCCAGGACGAAGAGGAGGACGACGUGCACGAGGAUGACGGCGGCUGGACGGGCGGCGAGUUUGUGCUGGGCGGCAGCAGAAAGGCGAGCAGCGCGGGUCUCAGUCGCCGGGAGAUCUUGGCGCAGGCUGCGCUGGAGAGGCAGCGGAAGGAGGCGGAGGAGGAG